GGUGGGUGGGUUUAAAUUCAGGGUAAAUGAAAACGUCCUCCCCCAAAUGUAUAAAUUUAUGGAACUCACUGCCACAAGAUGUUGGUGAUGCCAAGUUAAGAGAGGGUGGGAGAACGUGUGCUCAGCUUCCUCGGAGCACCAGGCCACUAUAGGAAAUGUAACACAGCCAGUUAGGUGGAUAUUUUCUUUUACUCGCUUCUGGGAGUGCGGACAAGCUGGAGGAGAUGGUGGUGCCAACGCUGGACAUGCCUACUCAGCCCAUGGGAAUGGUGGCCGAUGUUGUCUUCCUUAUCGAGGGCACUGCCAAUCUCGGGCCAUACUUCGAGUCCUUGCGCAAGCAUUACCUUCUUCCUGCCAUUGAGUAUUUUAAUGGUGGCCCCCCAGCUGAAACAGACUUUGGAGGAGAUUAUGGUGGUACCCAGUAUAGUCUGGUGGUUUUUAAUACCGUGGACUGUGCUCCGGAAUCAUACGUACAGUGCUAUGCACCAACCAGCAGCGCAUAUGAGUUUGUCACAUGGCUUGACAGCAUUCAGUUUGUGGGUGGUGGCGGGGAGAGCUGCAGCCUCAUCUCAGAAGGGCUCAGCACUGCCCUCCAACUCUUUGAUGACUUCAAGAAGAUGAGAGAGCAAAUAGGCCCCACACAUAAAGUCUGCAUUCUUAUCUGCAACUCUCCGCCCUACUUGCUGCCAGCUGUGGAGAGUAUCACAUACUCUGGCUAUUCGACUGAGAACCUGGUGCAGAAGAUUGGUGAGCGUGGAAUACACUUUUCCAUUAUCUCACCACGGAAGCUACCUGCACUGCGCAUUCUCUUUGAGAAAGCUGUGACAGCAGGGAUGAUGGAGACCCCGCUCAAGGACUACAGUCAAGACCCCCGGCAUAUGAUCCUCAUCCGUGGUAUGGUCCUUCCAGUGGGAGGAGGAGCGGCCACCAACGCCUUGCAACCCAAACAGGCUGUGCCCCAGCCACAGCUUUCUACGGUGCCACCCCAGCUCCCAGCCGCCCCACCACAAGCCCUGCCGCCAGUUUCUCAGCCUUAUCAGGUGACCCCCUCCACUACCCUCUCUGCCGCCCAGGCAGCUGCUCAGUCUGCUGUGGAGGCUGCCAAAAGCCAGAAAGCCAUGAGCACCCGCUUUACCCCCAUGAACCCCAUGCAGCCAGCCUUCAGCCAGGCUCCCACACAGACGUUGCCCACUGGAUCAGUCCCAGCCCUGCCUCAAAAGCCCCCCGUCUCUUCUCAGUCCAGCUUGGUUUCCACCGUAACCACAGGCUCUGGCCUGCUGGUCCAGCCACCUGUGCAAGCUCCUCCACAGUCCGUGGCCUCAGCCAUGCCUACUGGCGUGGCACCUAACAGCAUGAACGUGGCCCAGCCAGCACAGGCACAAAUCGGAGCAACGCCACAGUCAGUCACUAACAAGGUGAUCGCCUGGAGUGGAGUGCUGGAAUGGCAAGAGAAGCCCAAGCCAGCUUCUGUGGAUUCCAACACAAAGCUUACACGUUCCCUGCCGUGCCAGGUGUAUGUUAAUCAAGGGGAGAACCUGAAAGCUGAGCAGUGGCCCCAAAAACUCAUCAUGCAGCUGAUCCCACAGCAGCUCCUGACUACGCUGGGCCACCUGUUCCGCAAUUCACGCAUGGUGCAGUUCCACUUCACCAACAAGGACCUGGAAUCGCUUAAGGGACUUUACCGCAUCAUGGGCAGUGGAUUUCAGGCGGGCUGUGUUCACUUCCCUCACACGACGCCCUGUGAAGUGCGGGUGCUGAUGCUACUGUAUUCUUCCAAGAAGAAGAUCUUCAUGGGGCUCAUUCCCUACGACCAGAGUGGUUUCGUCAAUGGCAUACGGCAGGUCAUCACCAAUCACAAGCAAGUCCAGCAGCAAAAGCAGAUGGGAGGGUCCCAGCCCCUGGGAUCUGCCCCCAACACACAGCCCUUCCUGACAAAGCAGCCUGGCACUUUGCCAGUGACACAGGGGGUCCAGCAGCAGAUGGCUGGGCAACAGGUGAGCCCCGGAAUGCCUCAGGUGGGGAUCAUGGAAGAACAGCAGCGGCAGCAGGGCCUGCUGCAACUCCGAGUGCAGCAACCACAGCCGGCUGCCCCACCCGCCAGCCAGCCACCCCAAGCACCGGGUCCCCCACAGGCUGGGCCACAGGCCACCCAAGGGGGCACCAUGCUUAGGCCCCAAAACCCCGGAGCCAAUCCUCAGCUCCGAAGUCUCCUCCUCAGCCAGCAGCCGCCACAAGCUGGAGUUCCUCAGUCCCAGCAGCCCCUCCACCACCUCCAGCAGGGUUCUCCAGGAAUGCUGCCCCACCAGCCCAUGGGGCAGGCUCUAGGGCAGCAGCAGCUCCAACUCCCUGGACAGCCCCUCAUGCACCAAGCCCCCGGACAGCAGUGGCCAGCCCAGAUGGCACCGCGGGCACCUUUGCAAGGUCAAAUGAUGUUGAACACCGGUCCUCGAGGGCCUGUAUCCCAGCCAGGCCUACAGCCAGUUCCAGCCCCCAGCAUCAUGGAAGAUGACAUCCUUAGAGACCUCAUCUGAUGGCAGAGGAAGACUUGUUCUGGUCUCACUUAGCACUGAGAUCACUUCUGCACUGGGGCAGUGCUUCUUUUUGAGAGAAUGCCACUGUUCCUUUCUCCGUUGUGUGUAAUUUUUCCCAUUUGUUAAUAAAUGUUACUUUCUUCUCUC